UGACAUGUGAGUGUAAGCAAAAGGCAGGUGGGAAAUCGAGCGGCAUGGAGAGGGGCCGGGGAGAGCUCGGGGCUGGGAGGGCGGCGGAGGCUCGGAGUCCUGCGCGAUUCGCUGCGCUUUGACGCUAACCAGCCCCCCGGAGUGCCGUGUAAACUGCAACUCCUGGAAACUUGGGCGGCUCUGCCAGGCUUCGGCGCAGGAGCCUCGGGACGCGUCCGCCGCCCCCCGCCGCCGAGGUGGGGGGGGCUCUCCCCGCCGCUCGGGGAGGGAAGCUGCGUGUCCCCCUCCACCCCAGCCCGCUCCAGCUCCCUCGCCGCCCCUUUCGGAUGGGCUGAGGCUGCGGGACGUCCCGGGCUCCUUUCCCGGCCUCCUGCGCGGAGCGCACCGGGCGGACCCGGACUUGCAGGGGCGCGCGGUCCCCUCGCUGCCCGGGGCAGGGGCGCCAGCAAAGGGCCCCCUUUGGGGAGCCAGCGGGCGCGCGGGGAGCUCCCCUCCCUCCGUCCCAGCCCGGGGCCCGGACUCGCCUGAAGCUCGGGCCAUGCGGGGCUGGCCCGUCCGGGGGCCCCGCUCCGUGCCCUGAGCGCGCCAUGGCCGGGCUGCAGCCGCCCGGCGGGGGGGACCUCUCCAUGCUCUCGCCGCCCCCGAUCCCCGGCGACCCCCGGCGCGGGGAGUUCGUCGCCCUGACCGCGGUGCAGACGGAGAAGAACGAGCCGCCCGCGGGCAGCCCCAGGCGCCUGGGGCUGCUGGGGACCCCGCUGCCAGCGCCGCCCGGCGGGGCGACCGCCCGCUCCGCCGCGCACAAGCGCUACCGGCGCCUGCAGAACUGUCUCUACAACGUGCUGGAGAGACCCCGCGGCUGGGCGUUCGUCUACCACGCCUUCAUAUUCCUCCUAGUCUUCAGUUGUUUGGUGCUGUCCGUGUUCUCCACCAUCCCAGAGCAUCAGAAACUAGCCAACCAAUGUCUGUUCAUCCUGGAGUUUGUCAUGAUUGUGGUGUUCGGCAUGGAGUACAUCAUCCGCAUCUGGGCAGCUGGCUGCUGCUGCCGUUACCGGGGCUGGCAGGGGCGGUUCCGCUUUGCCCGGAAACCCUUCUGCGUAAUAGAUUUCAUCGUGUUCAUCGCCUCGCUGGCCGUUAUCGCCGCCGGCACACAGGGGAACAUCUUCGCCACCUCGGCACUGCGCAGCAUGCGCUUCCUCCAGAUCCUGCGGAUGGUGCGCAUGGACCGCAGGGGGGGCACCUGGAAGCUGCUGGGCUCAGUGGUCUAUGCCCACAGCAAGGAGCUGAUCACAGCCUGGUACAUCGGCUUCCUGGUGCUCAUCUUCGCCUCCUUCCUCGUCUACCUGGCCGAGAAAGACGCCAACACAGAGUUCGCCACCUACGCUGACUCGCUGUGGUGGGGCACAGCCUCUCUGUGUUCUCUCCCCCCGCAGAUCACACUCACCACCAUCGGCUACGGGGACAAGACCCCCAAUACGUGGCUGGGCAGGGUGCUGGCGGCCGGCUUCGCGCUCCUGGGUAUCUCCUUCUUCGCUCUGCCUGCUGGCAUUCUGGGCUCUGGCUUUGCCCUGAAAGUCCAGGAGCAGCAUCGCCAGAAACACUUUGAGAAGAGGCGGAUGCCGGCAGCGAACCUGAUCCAGGCUGCCUGGCGCCUGUAUUCGACAGACGUGAGCCGAGCCUACCUGACCGCCACCUGGUGUUACUAUGACAGCAUUCUCCCAUCCUUCAGAGAGCUGGUCCUUAUGUUUGAGCAUUUGCACCGAGUCCGCAACGGAGGAGUUAGGAAUUCAGAGGUGAAAAGGUUGCCUGAUGGAGCCCCACCACCAUAUCACUUCUUCACCUCUGGCCAGAAAACCAUCGCCCCUGCUUUUUGCUCUGGGGAAAGGUUCCCGGUGGCAGCUCCCCCUCCCCAGGCUAAUGCCAGCUGUCCUUCCUCCCCGCCACUCCGCAGCAACAAAAUGGGCAUCAAGGACCGCAUCCGCCUGAACAACUCGCAGAGGCAGGGCAGCCGGGGAAAGCAGCACCUGGCCCCGCCCAUGCGCCGCUCCCCCAGCACCGAGAACGUGCAGGAGGCCUCCAGCCCCACCAAGGUGCAGAAGAGCUGGAGCUUCAACGACCGCACCAGGUUCCGGGCAUCGCUGAGGCUCAAACCUCGGCCACCAGUGGAGGUUGACGGCCUGGUGGAGGAGAGCACCGAGGAGAAGGGCUACCAGUGUGACUUGACCUUCGAGGACAUCAUGCCAGCUGUGAAAACGCUCAUUCGGGCUGUCAGGAUCCUGAAGUUCCUGGUUGCGAAGAGGAAGUUCAAGGAGACCCUGCGGCCCUACGACGUCAAGGACGUCAUCGAGCAGUACUCAGCCGGCCACCUCGACAUGCUGGGCCGCAUCAAGAGCCUCCAGUCACGCGUGGACCAGAUCGUGGGAAGGGGAGCCAUUGCAGUCGAUAAGAAGACUCGGGAGAAGGGAGAAAAGUCCCUGGAGGCCGACCUGGUGGACGAGCUUAGCAUGAUGGGCCGAGUGGUCAAAGUGGAGAAACAAGUGCAAUCCAUAGAGCACAAGCUGGACUUGUUACUGGGCCUCUAUUCCCAGUGCCUGCGGAAAGGCUCCAUGAACUCCUUUACCCUGGCCGCCAUGCAGAUCCCCAGCUUUGACCCGGACAUCACCUCCGACUACCACAGCCCCGUAGAGCACGAGGACAUCUCAGUGUCCGCGCAGACCUUAAACAUCUCCAGGUCGGCCAGCACCAACAUGGACUGAGAGGGGUUCCCAGCACAAGUGGGGCAGAGCUGGGGGACCGGUCCUGAGCCUGGUGGUGAACAUUCUUGUAGACAGACACACUGAUAGCUAGCAGGCAAGAAGACCGAGCCGUGAACCCAGCCAUGUUCUGGGCUGGGGACCACGGGGCCUCGGCUAACGUGUCCUGAUGCACUAUGAGCCUCACCUUGAUUUUACUUGAACAAGUCUUCCUUCUGACCGUGCACGAGCCGGAAUUAUUAAGCAACUAGUAUUCAGCACCUGGGAGCCAGCUGGGGCUGGGACCCCGGGGGAUGCAGCCGAGAGAGAGAGUUUCUUAAAGCAUUAAACCUACAAAACCGACGAGAGAACGCCUGGUAUCUAAGAAGCUCUUUUAUUUAUAGGAUCAGCCUCUCUAGACUUUAUCCUCUGCAGGCCGUCUUCUCUGCGGAGGAAAUCCCCCUCUCCCGGCACAUCCCUGGUUGGGGUGGUGCUGCCCCAGUGCAGCGGGAGGGCGAGUUGGCCAGGGAUGCAACAGGCCAGUGCACCUUGUCACUCGGUCUUUUUCUGGGCGCCUCUCCGGGAACCGUCCUUGGAAUGAGCUUUGACACAGGGUAUGGAAUGACCGAGAGCGUCUCAACUCCAAGAUUGGCAGUUCUGACCUCUUCACCAACGUACGCGGCAUCCCUGAGGGUCUACGCCGUUGCCCCUCCCGGGAGCCGGAGCAGGGUGCUUACUAACAGCUAUGCAAGGCUCGGUAACCCUUUACCAUCCAGUGCUACACAAGGGGCAUUGUGACUCGAUUGAAUGUGGUUUCUUCUGGAUCGAGGAAAUCGCUGGGGAAUGGCCAAGUUUUGCCUCCCUCCCGGGUUUCCUAUCUCCCAGCGAGCAGGGGCUCCGAUUCCUGCAGCCAUGACGGUAACUCAGUAAGCCCAGUGGAACCAUCUGCGGAGCAGUGCAGCACGGAGGGCCGCGUGUAUGCAGCAGUGUUUCAAUAUGCAACCCUCGAUCCCGACAGGAGAGGCGGACGAGUAGCCCGUCAGCCUAAGCAAUAGGUGUUUGCCCUGCGCCCUGGGGCCGGAUCCUGGGCUGCUCGAGUCAGUGGGGUUUCACGGGGCGAACGCUGCUCUUUUGGAGCCUGGCGGACAGACUCGGAUGGACUUUGGAUCAGGCCCUUGACUUGAAAGGGGGUAACUGGCUCGUUGGACCAAAUGCAGCCCUGUUGCAUGAAUCUGUGGAGGUAAUAGCAGGCCUGGAUCUGGUCCAUUGCACCUGGCUGUUGGGGGGGGGGGGUGCAUAGGUGGGUGUCGGCGCAGCCAGGAGGAGGGUAAGGAUGCUGUAGCUUCUUGUUAGCUCUUCUUUCCCCCCUCCACGUCUAGUCUGCCCAGCUCAGGCAGCCCGCCUUGCCCACUGUGUCUUCCGUACGUCUCCUCGUGGCACGGAAGGCAUCAGUAGCUUAGGGUACCCAAUAUCUCCAGACCUCGUUUUCCCAGAGGUGGUUCCCCAACUGGAUCGCUUCUCUCCUCUGCCCCCUUCUACAGCCUAACCCAUCAGCUGGGCACGGGGCUUCACUUGGGGACCUGCUGUCCUUAGUCAUCCAGCUCAAGUGCCUCUCAGCACGCUGGGGCUUUGCCCAUAGAUCCUACCCUGUCCCCCAUUGAUAGCCCAUUCAUUUCAAACCCUGGUCCCUGGUCCCCCAGGGGCUCCAUAAAGGAGUUCACUACCGGAUGGGGGCCUUAGCCCCCACUCUGGCUCCUGAAAGAGCCCUGAUUUCCCUUGCACAUCCUCUGUGGUUAGGAAUAUUCAGUAUCCAUUGGAGCUGACUGGGUCAGGCCUGGAGUCAGAACCCCUUCCCCGGCCUGUUUUCUAGUGGGGGUGCGACUGAAAUCCAGCAGGAACAGGCUCUGGCAUAAGAGGGAUUUUUUUGGCCCUAAGAUUUCAGUGUCAUCAAAUCCAUCUAGGAACGGAUUUGGCUUUGAACCCGGAGCCCUCUUCCCAAUCCAAACACCACCGUUUUCCCACACCUGCUGGUGCUCCCAUGGGGGUGGCUGGGGCUGGGACUGGGGCUGGAGGGUGCGGGGGGUAAUAGACUUCCCAUAACACAGGAUCUCUGCUUGGAAGGAGAGGUGGGAUGUGUUUCUCGUGCCUGCGCGUUACCCCUCCUGUGCAGUUAAAUGUCUUCCAGGGUCACCGUGCGCGCUCUGUCCCCCUGCCCCUCGGUCCGAGGCAAACCCCUGCAGAGCUGGGCAGCGCUUCCCCUCCCUGCGGUUAAAUUACAUCAGGCACCAGCCUUCUGUGGUGGCCAAGAGCGGCUCUUGAAUUUCGACAUGAAGAGUUUGCAUCCUCCCUCUCCCCCCCUCCCCGAGAGGCUGCCAAGGGGCAGCUCUGGCCUGCAAGGAGGCUACCACAAGGGGUGGCUCUUGGGAAUGGCUGGGCAAUUGUCCAGCCUGCAAGUGCUUCAGCUGAGAGCCUGGCUCUGGAAUGCGCCCUCCCGCACAGGCAUGCCGCUGUGCCAUUCCCUGGCAGAGCGGGGGCCUCGCCGGACCCUGGCCCCACCAAUGCCUCCUUUCACCACCCCUGGGGGCUCCCUGACCUUCACAGCCCCUCUUGCAAUGGUGGGGGCGUAGGUCAAGUCAAAAGGACCUCCCUCUCCCUUCGCCCGCCCCAGCGGGUAUCUAAAGGGUGGCGGGGGACGUGAGUAGAGUAUAACCUGUCCCCACACCUUCCAGCUCCCAGCCAGCUCCCCGGAUCUACCGGCGUCGGGGUGGGAGAGACGCCUGCUGCAGGGCCGUGCACCGGAGCUCAGGCAUGGGGGGCACCCUCCCCGUUCAGCUGAGUCCCGCUUGCAUUCCGUGCCUAGGUAGUGCAUGCCGCCCGCCCCCACGGAGACCCCUGCCCAGAGCCGGUCUCAUCCCAACCUGCUUGCAUGCUCUAGCAUGUCUCUUGACUUGUGCAUCGAGACCCUCCACCCCGUGCCCCUGCCCCGAUCAGGGCGCCCAUCGCGCUGCGGCGUAGGAGGGCACACGCCGGCCCCCUUGCCUGGGCAGACGUGUCUCGUGUCCGUACGGGAUGGGGAUGCGGUCGGGGGGGGGGGGGGGGGGCAAGGCUUCGGCCAAAGGAGAAGAAGUAGGAAACCCCUCCAGGUGAUUCCCAGCGACCCUUGUUUCCGAGACGAAGAUAGUUACCUCACUUUACUAACUUAUUAACUUAUUUGUUUCAUUAAAGUUUUACGUAGA